AAUGAUCAGUUUCAUAGGGAAUUCGGUCGUGAGGUUCCUGACUGCGGUCACCUUGCCUCUCCUCCGCCUGAUCCUGCUGUUCGUGGUGCGGGAGGCCGGGGAAAGGGGGAACUAUGCUCUGAGCGGACAACUGCACGCGGACUACGACUUCAUUGUCGUCGGCGCCGGGAGUGGCGGAAGUGUCAUGGCCUCCAGAUUAUCCGAGGUUGAGGGUUGGCGCGUGCUGGUGGUGGAGGCGGGCGGUCCUCCUGCUGCGGAAACCUUCCUGCCGGCGUUCGUGCCGUUCUUCUUCCUCCCCGGCCAUGACCUAGACUGGGACUACACCUCCACGCCUCAGAAGCACGGACUGAAGAACUUUGAAAAUCGGAUGGCGCGCAUCAUCCAAGGACGCGUGGUCGGCGGUUCCUCGUCUAUCAACGGCCUGAUGUACGUGCGAGGAAACCGGCGCGACUUCGACCACUGGGCCUCCCUCGGGAACGCGGGCUGGGACUACCGGUCUGUGCUGCCGUAUUUCAUCAAAGCCGAAAAGUACCAUGGCAGUUUUCAGGGAGAGAGUGAAAGGUAUCGCGGACGGAGCGGGCCCUUGGCGGUGACCCCAGACUCUCCCGGACCCAUUUUUAAAGCCUUCGUCAGGGGUGGCCAGGAAUUGGGCUAUUCCAUGGUCGAUUACAACGGUCCUGAGCAGAUGGGUUUUGCAGUCAACCAGUACACAGUCGGCAAUGGCACGAGAGCAUCAUCAGCAGAGAGUUACCUGCGACCUGUCACCUCCAGACCUAAUUUGCAUGUUCUCCACAGCGCCACCGUCCAUAAAAUUAUCUUUGAUGAAGACAAGAGGGCCGUUGGUGUUCGCCUGCAGUACAGGGGAAAGAUACUUAAAUUUGGCGCGCGUCGAGAAGUGAUCGUGUCGUCAGGUGCAAUAGGAUCGCCCAAAUUACUUCUGCUCUCCGGUGUGGGCCCCAGGACCCAUCUCCAGCAACAUCAGAUAAACGUUGUGGCGGACGUGCCGGGCGUCGGGCAGAACUUCCACGACCACGUAGACGUUAACGGUCUCACAUGGACAGUCCCGUUCGGAGCUAGUCCUCAAUCCCUUGGUCUUCUUGCGACCGCAGACAUCUUCUCGCCUUCAUCUUUACAUGAAUUCAUUAGGUCCAGGAAAGGUCCACUGACUCAGAUACCGCUUGAACUUUUCAACGCUUGGGUGAAGGUCUCACGGGGAGGUGACCCUCUCUGGACAGACACGCAGAUUUUCUUCAAUGGAUUCACAGCAGGGACAGACUUUGGUCUGUUCUAUCCAUCACUCUGGGGCAUGGACAGAACUUUCAUUAAAGAACAUUACAAAAAGAUAGUUGGUCGGGAGGGUUUCACUAUCAGACCAGUGCUUGUAAGACCAAAGAGCCGAGGGUCAGUCACUCUUCUCUCUAGUGACCCAACACGACCUCCAGCCAUUGACCCCAACUACCUGAGUCACCCAGAUGAUGUGGCCACGCUCGUUAAUGGUAUAAAGUUUUCGUUAGCACUGGGCAACACAACUGAUUUCGCCAGAACCUACAGAGCAAGGUUCUUCAAUAAGCCUUUACGUGGAUGUGAAAUCCUACCAGACGGGAGUGAUCAAUACUGGGCGUGUUAUGUACGUCACAUGGCUUCUACCUUUCUACACUUUGCUGGCUCCUGUAAGAUGGCACCGUCCUCAGAUCCUUUAGGUGUUGUGGAUAACAGACUGAGAGUUCGCGGAGUAAAGGGACUGCGUGUCGUGGAUGCUUCCGUCAUGCCCUCUGUUACCUCGGGGAAUAUCAACGCACCUGUUAUUAUGAUUGCAGAAAAGGCUUCUGAUAUUGUUAAACAAGACUGGAAUCUACUAGUGUAGCCUGAUUGGUGAUAUAAUGAGGUAUAAUUUUUUUUAACUUUGUGUAAAGAUUAUGUUUUCCAAUAUAUGAUCAUGCUGUAUGCU